AUGGAGAAAGAACUCCACCAGAAGGUACGUGUCAGACACCUCAUUGUGAAGCCAGAACCCGACAUAUAUCCUCAAUGGGAUGACGACAAGGUUGAUGAUGCUCUUCACAAUUUGAUUACAGACAUUCUACAUGGGACUCUCGAUGAUACGUAUUGGUCCACGAAAGCACGUAAUGCACCAACAGCAAACAGAGAGAAAAGGAAAUUAUUGAGGGAAGAAGAAGCAUGUAUGAAGAAAAAAUCUCCAAAAGUGAAGACAUCUGCUCCAUGUGGAGAUGAUACAUUUCGGCAUGACCUAAUGGAAAUGAUGAACACGUUGACUACAAAGAUUGGAAGUAUGGAUACAAUUAUUGUUGAGAAGGUGUUGACUGCAGUAGAGACAACCAUUGACGCUAAAAUAGAUGCUAAAGUAGAUGCAAGGGUUUGUCAGGCCGAGCUGGUACUUAACAAGAAAAUCUACUUUCUGUUGUGA